UUUUGCGAUAUUUGUGAAAAAAGGGGACAUUCUAUGCGGGAAUGUCAUUUAUACCUUGGAUCGCAAAAUCUUGGGAAAAAAGCUCGCCGAAGAGCAAAUAGAAAAAAUGAGAAACUUCUUUCGAAUCACAUUGAAAAGGUUGAUUGGAAGACGAUCGGAAAGGUCAACGGUCUCGGAAAGGAGAAAGAGACCCUACAGACUCCCAAAAGAUUUAUUAAACAGGAAUUAAACGAGGCGAGCAUUGUGGAAGAAGGAAAAUGUAAAAAGAUUGUAGAAGGAGGAAAAAGCAAAAAGAUUGUAGAAGGAGGAAAAAGCAAAAAGAUUGUAGAAGAAGAAAAAUGUAAAAAGAUUGCGGAAGAAGAAAAAUGUAAAAAGAUUGUAAACGAAGGCAAAUGUAAAAAGAACAAAUGGCUUGAACGAAGAAGUCGUCUUUCAAGAAAAUUUAGAGCUUAA